UCAGUGUUCAUGUGAAACAAUGAGACGAUAGACAGUCCGAACUUAAUACACUGAAAUGGGGAAUAAGCUGCGUUCUCCCUCCUGGCUUGUCCUCCAUAUCGCUGUUUCCCGACAUUUACACGGAAGCUACCUCUCUUUUUGAUCUUUUUUUUCCUAAUCUAUUCUAUCUUUUGAACCAUUUUUCAUUAUGACCCGCUUAUUGCAUACUUCUUACAAACCACCUUUUACAUCAAGCUUUCGAUGUCUGGUGUUAAUACCUAACUAUUAAUGAUUUGUGCCGACUCAAAAAAACAACAACCCACAAAUAUAUAUAUUUUCUGCACUGAUAAUCCUUAAUAUGCCUUAUCCUUUUUUUAUGGUGGGUUUGGUAUAUUUGCUUUAUAAACGGAGUCAGUGCUGCUAAAUCCCAUUUCCCUUCUUUCCCUGUCUACCAUCCUUUCUAUCGCUCCACUGCCACCUCACAAUAUAAACCCAUUCCCUGUGUAGGGGUCUCCUACACUCUCUACCUGUCUUUAUCCAUUAUUCAUAUAUUUUUUUUCAAUCGUAAACAUCUGAAAAGCCAUGUGGUCCACCUUCUUUCUGCACGAAGAGGAUGGCAGGCCGAUUCCACCAGGGGCGGGAGUAGGAGCCGGAGCAGGUACUCUGGGACUGACCGGUGUCAUGGGUGGCAGAGGGGCUGGGGCUGGUGCUAUGGGAGUUAAGCGCCGUGCAAAAGCGUCAACAUCAGGAGGCAUGAGCGAGGUCCAGGAGGGCAAGAUCAAGCUGGCGUUCUUCGUGGCCAUCGUGGGUGUGGUGUUGACUGUCUUGGGCUUGGGCACAGAGUAUUGGGUGGUGCUGUCUCCGCCCAAGAACUUCUACAACAACCAGACAUGUCUGGCAGCACACUACGGGCUGUGGAAAGGAUGCACCCGGACUCUGUGGGUGGCUGACAUAGACCCUGAGCGAGAGAGCUGUGGGCCGGCUGAAUUGCCCGGAGAAUCCAACUGCACCUACUUCAAGUUCUACACCACUGGAGAGAAUGCCGUCAUCUUCCAGAAAACAACAGAAAAGAGUCUGAAUGUGGCGGCGGCCAUGAUGGCCCUCUUCGGUCUCUUCCUGAUGGUCACAGGGGCCAUAUGCAUCACCACAGCCCUCAGCAAAGGAGAAUCAUUCUUCCUCAAGGCUGCAUCGGUUUGCUUCAUUCUGUCAGGCCUCUUGAUUCUCCUGUCUCUUAUUGUUUUCAACCAAUCGGUACUCUCCUUCCUAGCCAGUGACCACUCGGUGCCGUUGCAUCAUGAGUUGUCUUGGUCAGUAUCCUGUGUUGGGUUUGCAGGGGCCAUUCUUAUUUUGGGCGGAACCCUAUUUCUCUUGCUUGCGCUACCAUUCAGCCCCUGGCGAAGGUGUUUUCCCCCAAAAAAUGAAAGCGAUAGCUAGUAGCGAGGAGGAGGUAUUGCACUUUAUCUGUAUUGUCUUAUGACUGUUGAGAAAUGGACAGUCUCCUGCAAUUUUACAUUGAAUCAUUUGAAGUUGUGUAAAGAGGGGUUCAAGUUGUUCAUCGUCUUGGAUGUUUUUUUCUCUCCUCAUUUUGCAUAAAUCAGUAGGUCAUUGAAGGGACACUAUACUGUUCUUGACUUAUGAAAGGUGAAGAAUUAACGCAAUGCCAAAUUACUUGUGUGCUAGUUGACAGCAAACGUUUUCUCACAUUGAAUGUGCAAAAUGUAAUGUGCCAGUAUGUUCCCCCCCCUUCUCAAGUGUGAAAUUCAAUUGAAUUCAAAAUCAUUUUAAAUGAAUUGAACAAAAACAACAUUUUGCAGUUGUGUUUUGAAUUGGUUAACAUUACUUCAUUAUUUUUGCCAAAUCUUUGAUGAUAUUCUGAUCGACAGUCUUAUUAGAGAGUGUAAUCCUUAAGGAUAGUAAUUGGGAUUCAGAUGUAUUUCACAGAAUGAAAGUACAGUACAAAAAUUCUUUAGUUUCUAGUAAAUAAAUACAUACACAAUCUCAUGAUAUUGCAAUGUUUUUACAACUGCCUUUAAUAUACGGAUGUGUAUAUAUCAAAGAGACAUUAGCCUCUAAAUCCAAACGUUUUCAGACCUCAAAGGUCAAGAUUAGUCUACGUCCCAGGCCAUCAUGUUUGUGAAUUCAGUUAUAUGUCACGUUUUCAGACCUCAAAGGUCAAGAUUAGUCUACGUCCCAGGCCAUCAUGUUUGUGAAUUCAGUUAUAUGUCACGUUUUCAGACCUCAAAGGUCAAGAUUAGUCUAUGUCCCAGGCCAUCAUGUUUGUGAAUUCAGUUAUAUGUCACGUUUUCAGACCUCAAAGGUCAAGAUUAGUCUACGUCCCAGGCCAUCAUGUUUGUGAAUUCAGUUAUAUGUCACAUUUUCAGACCUCAAAGGUCAAGAUUAGUCUACGUCCCAGGCCAUCAUGUUUGUGAAUUCAGUUAUAUGUCACAAUAUAAAAGUAAUGUAAAAGACAAGCACCAUGUAAAUUCCAGAUAUGCAGAGCUUCUGUUUUCCAUUAAGUUGUGUAGUGUAAGAUGUGUGGACUCCUAUUGACAUUAGACUACUUUCGAGGUCUAAAAUUUGAUUUUGGAGUCUAAUGUCCCUUAAAAUUUUAGAUACACCAUCUGCUCUGGGUGUGUGGGUGACUAUAUUAUAGAAAUUACAAUAAAUUAUUAAAGCAGCACUGCCUAAAAACAUCACUGCCUGAAAGGACAGGCAAUUUCAUCGUAAACCCUAUUCAAGGGAUAAGAGGCUACUAACCAGUUAUAUAAGGUUGCAUUGUAAACCCUAUUCAAGAGGUAAGAGGCUACUAACCAGUUAUAUAAGGUUGCAUUGUAAAUACUCUAUUCAAAGUCAUAUGAGCCUUCAGUGUUGUAAAUGAAUAACGUAAAAACAUUUCAUGUGUUCUGUGUAACCCAAAUGUCACACGUUCAUAAAUACUGUAAGAUUUUGUAUCUGUUUUGUCUUUUUCUAGUGAGAUAGUUGUCAGAGGUAACCUGUGCAUAUCUGUAUUUCAAUGGGUAUUGAAGGGUAAAUUGUGUCUGUGGUUUUCAAUGGAAAUAAUUGCGUAUGUAAGACUUGAUUUAUUAUUAAAUGUGAAGACAACA